UUUUGACUUUUAACAAGAAUUGUAGAAUAUUGUCAAUAUCAAUGUUUGAUUAGUACAAAACAAAAUCUAAAAUUAUACCUAGAACGUUGCAAUAUUUUAGAACUUUUGAAGUAAAAUGCAAUAAACUUUGUAACAUGGUUAAAAUGGAGAAUUAUUUGUGUCAAGAAAACAUUCAAGAAUUGUGGCUUAAAAUAGACCAUCUUCAUAUCAACUAUUUGGAGAUGGAGGAGAGCUCGAACAAAAUUGAGCAACGGUCAAGACUAGAGGCCUGCAUAAAAGAUUUCCUCUAUAUUGCAUCUCCACAACAAAAGUUUGCUCUGCAUGAAACUGAAGAUGUCUUAUACAGAUCUGCGGCAAAUAAAAAAGAUUUUAGUGGAUACAAAGCUGCAACUGGAUUUAAUGCUAUACAGAUGUAUGCUGGUAACCUGAUCUCCCAGCCAUGGAGAAAAGAAUAUCAUCAAAUUAGGACAUAUUGUGGAUUUUAUAAACAUCAAGUUGAAGCUAACCUUUUGGGUGCUGAUAGAAUAUUUGAAGCGAUGGGAUAUAAAUAUAUUGGAAAUGGUAUUUUACAAUUAGAUGGACCAAUUUGUCCAGAUCGUGUAUCACAUGUGUCCAGAGAUUGUCUAAUUGCCUAUGUUGAGUGUCAGAUUUUAAAACAUAUUUGGGAAGAGGUAUCUCCAAUGUUUAAUAUUAGUUGGUUGGAUAUGCUGGAAUUUCGCAAAGUGCAUCUCAGUGAUCCUAAGCAAUGUGUGCAAUUUAUUCAGUAUAAUUUGAAACAAGGUCAUUACCAAGACAAGCUUAGCAAUUUGCAUUCAAAAUAUCCAACCCUUUCUCACAGCCACCCAGCAAUUCAAAAUGGGAACUCGUGCAACUCAUUUCCUUCCCAAAUUCAUACAGCAGUCUCACCAUACACAGCAGCCACUUAUAGUGUGUGCAUGAACGGUUGUUGUCCCCACAUGUACUCAACGUGCAAUUAUCUUCCUUUUAAUCCUCACCUUGCACUUAAACGUUCAUCCCAAACUGUAUUACCACCUGCUGGACAUUAUCCCAGUGAUUAUCCCAAUACACCUUCUUCAUGCUCUUACCCUGUUCCUACUGCACAGUUGAUUGAAUUAGAGACACCAAAUGGAUAUGAUGUUGUUGAUGCCCCGACAGUGUCAUCUAGACCAAGAAAAACAACUUACCCAACACACGAUGUGCACGAGAGACCUUAUAAAAAUGGGGCAAUCUACAAUAAUGGCGUCGCCAAAAGUGGUGGAAAUGAAGAAUUUGAAAAUUGGGAUUAUGUUUAUCGCAAUUUAGAGAGUCGAGGGUAUACCAAAGAUUUGGGAGAAAGGGGAGACAUCUUGUCAGCUGGAAACAAACAAUGGAAGCAAAGUCGAGAGUCACGACCUAAAUUGCCAAACUUUGAUGAAGCCAUGAAUAAAAUGACCAUUAAAGACCAUUCCUCAACAACCGAAACCUUGGGGGAUGCAAGGCAAAACAUCUCAGAAAAAAUUAAUGUACCAGGACAUGAAAGACGACAUUCUCAGAGUAGUUCUUAUGACAACGUACUGCCAAAAGAAUCUCAAAAUAUUGUGAAAAUGGCUAUGAACAUUUCAGCAGAAAAUGCUUCCCAGAAUAAGACACUUCAACAGGCACAUGAAAAUAUCGGACAAAGUACCAGUAAAGUUGUGGAUGUUCUGAACAGUAAACAGGAAGCAGCAAACUCACCAAAAUGGAGGUGUAAGGCAUGCACAUUCAUAAACACUAAGGCGAAAGAUAUUUGUGAAAUGUGCAGCAAGAGUCGAGAUCUUGGGCAAGAACAACCGAUGGAAGUAGGUGGUGCUGAAUGCUCACAAUGUACAUUGGUGAAUCCUAAGAGCGCAAAAAUAUGUCAGGCAUGUCACUGUAGCCUGAAAGAUUCCCCAACUUAUAUAUGAAUAAUUUAUU